CUUUCUUACACCACCAACCUUGUCAUUACUGUAUCUUCACAUGGCUCUGUUAAAUAAUAAAUAAAUAAAUAAAAAAUCCGAGCUUGUCCCCUAAUUAUACUAACAUACCAUGAUGAUGAACUUCAAUAUUCUCAGAUUUCUUCUAGUACUAUGUGGCAACAUCUUCUUGAUUUUCAGCCAAGUUAUUAGUUCUAAUCUUCUUACACAUGUCUGCCCGAACACAACUUCUUACAGUCCCAACAGCACUUAUAGCUCUAAUCUCAAAGUUCUCUUAUCAUCUUUGUCCUCUAAUGCUUCUAGGCCUAGUGGAUUUUACAACUUCACAGCUGGUCACACGGGGUCCGAUAUAGUUUAUGGCUUGUUUUUAUGCAGAGGAGAUGUUUCACCUAAUAUUUGUCAAAAUUGCGUAUCAACAGCUGGUAAAGAAAUCUUGGAAAAUUGUCCGAAAGAAAAAGUUGCUUCCAUCUAUUACGACGAAUGCUUGUUGCGUUACUCGAAUCAAUCCAUCUUUGCCACAGAGGAUCUAUCAGGUCCAGUCGUUGCGUUCCAUUGGCUAAGUGUUAGUGAACCGAAAAGGUUCGUGUCAGUACUCGGAAACACGAUGAAUGAAAUAGCAACUGUGGCUGCAAAGGAAAAUGAUCGGUCGGGGAAAAAGUUUGCUACUAAAGAAGCCAAUUUUUCACCACUUGAGAGAGUUUAUUCACUUGCGCAGUGCACCCCAGAUCUGUCUGAAUCUUCUUGUGAUAAUUGCCUGAGAUUUGCUAUUGGGAAUUUACCGAGUGAUGGCAAGAAAGGCGGUAGAGUUAUCUACCCAAGCUGUAACAUAAGGUACGAGAUGUUCCCUUUCUACAACUCUACUGCCACCGCGCCACCACCUCGUCCACCAGUUCUCCGUUCUCCUCCUCCUCCGGUAUCCAAUUCUACAAGCAGCGAUAGAGGAAAAGGGGGAAUUUCAUCUGGAGUAAUCAUUGCCAUAGUUGUUCCAAUUGCUAUUUCAAUUCUACUAUUCAUUUUUGGUUUCUGUUGGAUAAGAUGUAGAGCAUCGCAAGAAUUCAAUGGUGUAGAAGAGAUAACAGAUGCAGAUGACAUUUCAACUGUUGAAUCCUUGCAAUAUCAAUUGAACACUAUUCGAGUUGCCACAACUAACUUCUCAACCGAUAACAGAAUUGGUGAAGGUGGAUUUGGUGUUGUCUACAAGGGUAAACUUCCUGAUGGGCAAGAGAUAGCUGUGAAGAGGCUAUCAGGAAGCUCAGGACAAGGUGCAGAAGAAUUUAAGAACGAGAUUGUAUUGAUCGCGAAGCUUCAACAUAGAAAUUUAGUGAGACUAUUGGGAUACUGCUUAGAAGGAAACGAAAAGAUACUUGUCUAUGAAUUUGUCCCCAACAAAAGCCUUGACUAUUUCUUAUUUGAUCCUGAAAAGCAACAGCUACUGGAUUGGUCAAGACGUUACAAGAUUAUUGGAGGGAUUGCACGUGGACUACUUUACCUUCACGAGGAUUCUCGUCUAAGAAUUAUACACCGUGAUCUCAAAGCAAGCAACAUACUGUUGGAUGCAGAAAUGAAUCCCAAAAUAUCAGAUUUUGGAAUGGCAAGGAUAUUUGGAGAUCAAAUUGCAGAAAUUACCGGCAGGAUUGUAGGGACUUACGGUUAUAUGUCACCGGAGUAUGCUAUGCAUGGACAAUACUCUGUUAAAUCGGAUGUUUUCAGCUUUGGUGUUCUAUUUCUGGAGAUCAUAAGUGGAAAGAAGAAUAGUUCAUUUUACCAAUCAGAUGGUGCUGAAGACCUUCUUAGCUAUGUUUGGAAGCAUUGGAGGGACGGCACACCAUUGAACAUAAUGGAUCCAACAAUUGGAGAAUCAUACUCAAGAAAUGAAGUCAUACAAUGUAUACAUAUUGGAUUGUUAUGUGUUCAAGAAGAUGUUAAUAAAAGACCUACAAUGGCAUCUGUGGUCAUCAUGCUUAAUAGUUACUCUAUGACCAAGCCAGCGCCUCAGGAACCUGCAUUCUUUUCUCGUAGUCGAUCAGAGAUGUUUCCAAAGGGGCUAGAGUCGGAUCAGUAUUCAACUAGCAAAUCGAUACCAUUAUUGUCCAAGAAUGAUUUAUCCAUUACAGAAUUGGAGCCAAGAUAGAUGGAUACAAUGAUGAACGAACACCUGCCCUUUACAAGUCAGCUUAACCUGAUGGUUCAUAAAACUUUAUGUGUUAUAUCGAGGAAUAACGGGGUAAACUAUGUUACAACUUAAAAGUGUAUUUCAUCAUUUCAGGUGCACCAUGUUAUGUGGUAUGGACUUUAAUUUUGGUCCCUAUUCAUACAGAAUCAUUUUUCAAAUUCAUAGUAGUAUCUAAACCUGUGGUACUUUUUCCUGACUUUAUAAGAAGAUGAAAAUUUAAGAUA